AUGGAUCAAUAUUUAAGAAACGUAAAUUAUGGUAUUUAUUUUACUGUCAAGUCGAAGAAAUACAUUGAACCGCCUGUAUGUGAAUAUAGUGGUUAUAAUUUAAAUAGUAAUAUACCAAUACAUGCUGUGGCUUGCUCUCUGGAGAAAAUGCGAACUGAGAUAAUAACAGAGACGAAAGAAGAAAUACCAAAGACAUUAGUGUCACAAAGUGCUCCCAGAAAGUAUGAAUUAGUGUACCGCAAUCUGAUAACAUUCGGUUACUGGCAUGUCGCAGCUAUUUACGGGUUAUACUUGUGUUUCGCGGAAGCAAAAUGGAAAACUAUAGUAUUCGAUUUAGUCCUAUUUAUGGUGGCAGAAGUAGGAAUCACAGCCGGUGCGCAUCGGCUUUGGGCACACAAGACAUAUAAAGCCAGGCUGCCAUUAGAGAUUCUACUGAUGUGCAUGAACUCUAUCGCUUUCCAAAAUACUGUAAUCGACUGGGUUAGAGAUCAUCGUCUUCAUCACAAAUAUAGCGAUACUGAUGCUGAUCCACAUAACGCGAGUCGAGGAUUCUUUUACUCUCAUGUUGGAUGGCUCCUUGUAAAGAAACACCCCGAGGUUAAGAAGAGAGGAAAAACCCUUGAAAUGUUCGAUAUAUAUAACAACCCAGUGCUUAAGUUCCAGAAGAAGUUUGCUGUACCUUUUAUAGGUAUGAUGUGCUUUGGUCUACCGACACUGAUACCUGUAUUUUUCUGGGCGGAGAGCUGGUCUAAUGCCUGGCACAUUAACAUGCUUCGAUAUGUCACAAACCUUAACGUGACAUUUAUGGUCAACAGCGUUGCUCACAUCUGGGGCAAUAAACCUUAUGAUAGACUUAUUUUACCAGCACAAAAUCAAAUGGUAUCACUUGCAACAUUUGGAGAAGGUUUCCACAAUUUUCACCACGUCUUUCCAUGGGAUUAUCGUACAGCUGAACUCGGGAACAACAAUUUGAACUUUACAACUAAAUUUAUAGAUUUCUUUGCAGCGAUAGGUUGGGCAUAUGAUUUAAAAUCUGUAUCUCCAGAACUUAUUCAACAAAGAGCUAAGAGAACUGGUGAUGGAACUAAUCUUUUGGGUUUGAAAGAUGUUGCUUUUAAAUAG